AUGGUAGAUAAUUCUCCCUUAAAAAUAAUAUCUGAAGAAAUAUCUAUAUCUUUAGCUAAUAAUGACAGCGAUAAUAAUUCUAGUAAUGUUAGAAAUCUAGAAGUUACCGAGAAUUUAACGGGACCUAAUAUUUGUAAGAUCAAUUCAACCAUCAGAUCUGAACUUGACAACACAGAAGAAGAAGAUUCGACUUUAAAACGUAAUGAAUGGUUUUGGGAUACAAAUUCGGAGCUGAUCUUUGCACAGGACGGUAAAACAAUAAUAGCAGUGGGUCAUGCUUCCGUUAAAUCAAUAGUCCCACUUGAACUUUUACGUCAUAUAUACCUUCCUCAGCAACCACAUGAUCGUAUAUUUGAUCCGACAACAAGAACCAUUUCAUAUCUUCAACCACGAUCAUAUCUACCUGUUAAAUCGUUACAACAAGACGAAAAGAAACGAAUUCUAGUAACUGGGGGUGCUGGUUUCGUUGGAUCUCAUUUGGUUGAUAGAUUGAUGUUAAUGGGACAUGAAGUUAUUGUACUUGAUAAUUUUUUUACCGGACGUAAAAAUAAUCUUGCCCACUGGAUUAGUCAUCCCAACUUCGAGUUAAUUCGUCAUGACGUGGUUGAUCCUUUUUUAAUUGAAGUAGAUCAAAUUUAUCAUUUGGCUUGUCCUGCAUCACCACCUCAUUAUCAAUAUAACCCUAUUAAAACUGUAAAGACUAGUGUAAUGGGCACGAUCAAUAUGUUGGAAGUGUACGGUGAUCCUGAAGAACACCCUCAAGCAGAAACAUAUUGGGGCCACGUCAAUCCAAUCGGACCAAGAGCAUGCUAUGACGAAGGAAAACGAGUUGCAGAGACUUUAACAUAUGCUUACAUGCAUCAAGACAAUGUUGAUGUUAGAGUUGCUCGUAUUUUUAACACUUUCGGUCCUCGUAUGAACGAAAACGAUGGUCGCGUAGUCAGUAAUUUCAUCAUGCAAGCUCUUAAAGGAGAGGAGCUCACCAUUUAUGGAGAUGGUCUUCAAACGCGUUCUUUUCAGUACGUACAUGACUUGGUAGAUGGCAUGAUUUUAUUGAUGAAUAGAGAUUAUAUGGAACCUGUUAAUUUGGGUAAUCCAGAUGAAUAUACAAUACGUGAAUUUGCUGAGCUUAUCCGUAGUGAGGUUAAUAGUUCCUGUAAGAUCAAGUCUUUACCCGCACCAACAGAUGAUCCUAAAAAACGGAGACCUGAUAUUUCAAGAGCAGAACAAAUUCUUGGAUGGAAACCUAGAUGGCCAGUAAAACAGGGUAUAGGAGAAACUGUCAAAUAUUUUCAAAGGCAAAUGGAGGCGGGUCUUAUAUAA